CGACGAGAGGAACGAAUCUUCCUACUCGCUAUCGUCACGGUAAAGCUACAAGAUGAAGACUCGUUUUAUUUUCUUUAGGAAACUGCAACCCUUUUCCAAUUGAGCACUGUCAGACCUACUGCACGAUGAUACGAAAUUAAUGAGAUACCUCACGCCCUCACUGCUCACUGCACUGCGCAAGAACUACGGAGCGCUGGUCCUGGAGGGCGAAAUUAACCAGGUAAGGGACCUGGAGCGCAGGAACUACGGAGCGCUCGUCCUGGAAGUCCGGUUUCUCCAGGUAGAGGACCUGGAGCGCAGAAACUACGGAGCGCGAGUCCUGGAAGUUGAGAUGCACCAGGUGGAGGACUUGGACAGCCAUAACUACAGAAAAUUAGUCCUGAAGGUCAAAAGUCACCAGGUCAAGGACCUGGACAGCCAGAACUACGGAGUGCUUGUCCCUGAAGUAGAGUUUCACCAGGUCAAGGACCUGGAGCGCAGAAACCACGGAUCGCUUGUGCCUGAAGUCCAGUUUCUCCCAGGUAGAGGACCUUGAGCGCAGAAUCUACCGAGCGCUUGUCCUGGAAGUCGAGUUUCACCAGGUAGCGGAUCUGGAGCGUAGAA